CCUCUGUUUUGUUCAAGGAGAAGAAACUAUGCAAGAAAGCAAUCAUGUUUGUAGGUUAAAAAAUGACGCAGAUAUCGGGUCUUCACUAUCACAGCUCAUAUUAUCAGGAGGCUCAAACACCAUAGAUUCAAUCUUCUCUCGUUUCUCACCCUCAUCGUCCACCAUCGCCACCACAAGCUCUGUUCACGAGCCAUUAGGCUCUUCAGUCUAUCACCACCAAAGAGAUCUCCUUCGAAAAUUCAGCCACCAAAACCACGAAUCAACGAGCAAAUAUCCGACCCCUAUGAAGAAGAAGCUUUACAGGGGCGUACGGCAGAGACAAUGGGGCAAAUGGGUGGCUGAAAUCAGACUCCCACAGAACAGAAAGCGAGUCUGGUUAGGCACUUACGAAACAGCUGAAACCGCGGCUUUGGCAUAUGAUCGAGCAGCUUAUAAGCUCAGAGGGGAAUACGCAAGGUUGAAUUUCCCGAAUCUGAAGGACCCGAGUAAGUUUGGGUUCGUAGAUUGUGCUCAGCUGAAUGCUCUCAAGAACGUAGUUGAUGCCAAGAUUGAAGCCAUUUGUCAAAAGAUGAAAACAGAGAGAGAUAAAAAGAAAGCCAAGAAGGGCGAUUUCAACUAUCGUCCCGCAUGUUCAUCUUCCUUGUCGACUAAGGUUUUUAGCGACGAUUUAAGCAAAGAGUUGGCGUCAUCGACUGUGUCUGAAGAUGGGUUUUGGAGAGCUGGGAAUUCACCGGCCUCUGUUUCGAAUGAUUACUCGAUGAUGAUGGUAGAUGAACCACGAUUUGAAGACGAUUUGCUUGCGAUAAUGCCGUCUUUUGAUGCUGACCCUGACUUAUGGGAUUUUCUUGCCAACUAG